CAAAUAAGUGGCGACGCUACCUCCACUUACCUCCUUGUAUUCGGCCCCCACAUUUCCUUACGAUCACAGCAGGUCGCUGCCACCAGGCACACCCGAGGCAGACUAUUCGUAUAUCGCUCGAAUGGUGGCGGAGAUGGGUAGUCUCGCCGGCGGCCCUGACAGGUACUAUGAUCAUAGCAACCUUGAGGUAGUUCCCAACCAGAACCACGGCAAUGUCGCUUUCAACAAGAACGACAAGGUAGCCUUCGUUCCCUCCCACGAACAUGACAAGAUAAUCGUCCCACCGCAACCCUACGACGACGCUAGCCACUACCACCAAGCCAACCCUAGCCUUUGGCGCCCACAAACAACACUCGCCCAAAGCGGAUCUGCAUGGUAUGGAGACGCUGGGGCAUCGGGAGGAGAUAUGGGAACAGGGAAGAGAGAGGGGAUUAGAAUUCUUGGCUUGAAGAGAUGGGUCUUUUUCACUGUUCUGGGGGUCGUCGCCUUCGCUGUGGCGAUCGGCGUCGGCGUUGGCGUCGGCGUCGGCGUAUCGACACGUUCAACAAGCAACACAGAAGCAGCGGCCGCUGCCUCUUCGACAUCGGACACCGCCGCCAUUUCCACCGCCUCCACCACCUCGAUGAUGACGCCGGGACCUGCAACAAGCCCUGUCCAAAGCACCACCGCAACCUCGGCGUCGCAAGCUUCCACCUCCGGAUCCUCGACAUCUUCAGCGCCGCGAAACACCCCCUCCCGACAGGUGAUCGGCGGCGUUAACGGACGGUGUACUGAUAAUUGGGGGUAGCGAUUGCAUCUGUUUGGAUGAAAACGUCUGCGAGAGCAAUUGGAACGGCACAGCGGAGACCGGCCGCAAGCCAGACUUCCCCUGCCCCGACGACCCCAUUUACGUCAAGGCCUGCUACGUUCAGCCCUGCAGGAACGCGUCACAGCCAAGUUCUCGGUGUUUGUGGAGGGAGGAGUGUGCCGAGUUAGAUCCGGGUAAGUGAAGUUCUUGCUCCAGCCAUAG